AUGUCCCAGCUCCAGGAGAACAUCCACAGCAUCAUCACUGCCUUCUACCCCAGCAGCAGGGGCGAGGGCAGCUGCAGCCCCCUGAGCAGGGAGGAGCUGAGGCAGCUCAUGGAGCAGGAGUUUGAGGAUGCAAUGGAGAGCCCCCAGGACCCCACCACUGUCACCAAGGUGCUGUGCUUCCUGGCCGACGACAGCAGCUGCAGGGUUGACUUCAGGGAGCUGCUCAGCCUGGUGUUCCGGGUGGCCAAGGCUUGCUACCAGCCGCGGCCGCCGCCGCCGGGGGCUGCUCCGGAGCCGGCAGCGCCGGGGAAGGCAGCGGGGGAGCGGCUGCCGCCGCGGCGCUCCCGGGGGAGGACCUCUCCCGAGCCCCAGCUCCCCGAGCGGGCUCUGAGCAAGCAGGACCCUGAGGCGGCAGGGCAGGACCCUGAGAUACCAAAGCAGGACCCAGAGACAGCAGAGCAGGAGCCUGAGGCAGCAGGGCAGGACCCUGAGAACUACCAAACAGAGCAGGACCCAGAGACAUCAGAGCAGGACCCUGAGACAUCAGAGCAGGACCCUGAGACAGCAGAGCAGGACCCUGAGACCCCAGAGCAGGACCCAGAGACAGCAGAGCAGGACCCUGAGGCAGCAGAGCAGGACCCUGAGAACUACCAAAGCCAGGAGGCUCAGACAGCAGAGCAGGACCCUGAGACAGCAGAGCAGGAUCCUGAGAUACCAGAGCAGGACCCAGAGAACCAUCAAAGCCAGGAGGCUGAGGCAGCAGAGCAGGAGCAGGACCCACAGCAGGAGGAUGGCACUGAAGCACCAGGAGGGGAUCCAGAGGUGGAUGAGGUGCUGGACACUGCAGCUCCAGGGCAGGGCAGAAGUGAGGCUGAAGAGGCUGAGACACCAAAGCAGGAACUCAAACCCUGCGAGGUCCAAGAGGGACCAGGGGAAGGCUCAGGCCACCCUGAGAGAGAGGCAGCAGAGCAGGACCUGAGCUUUGCCUCUGAGACACAAGGCAGAGACCCAAACAACCAGAGCCAGGUCUGCAAGGGCCCUUGGCAGGACCCCAGCCUCGGUGAGCCCCAGAAGCUGCUGCCCCAACAGGGGGGGGGUCCAAGCCCCUGCUGGGAUGCCAAGGCCUGGGGGCUGUGCCAGGAGGCAGCUUUGCAGCAGCUCCCUGACUCCAAGGAGCUGGAGCAGGGGCAAAGGGAGGCAGAGGCCCCACCUCGCCCAGCUCAGCACCAAGGAGAUGCUCAGCACCAGAGACAGCCUGCAAUGGAGCAGCAGCUGCUGCAGCCUCUGUGCCAGUGGCCACCACAGCAGGGGUAA